UCGUGGUUUGUUAGAGACUGGUUUACUUUUCCCCACAUUAACUUGCUCUUACAGACACUCGGGAUGUGAGAAGACCAAUCUGUGCAUACAUUUCUAUAGCUCUGAACUUCAUUAAAACAGGAAUUUUAAGUAUUGUUGAAAAAAAUGAAUCCCUCCUGCGCGCGCUGUGGGAAAAUUGUCUACCCGACGGAAAAAGUCAACUGUCUUGACAAGAAUUGGCAUAAAGGAUGUUUUCACUGCGAGGUAUGCAAAAUGACACUCAACAUGAAAAACUACAAAGGCUACGACAAGAAACCCUACUGCAAUGCACACUACCCGAAGACAUCCUUCACCAUUGUGGCGGACACGCCCGAGAACCUACGGCUGAAACAACAGAGUGAGCUCCAGAGCCAGGUUAAAUACAAGAAAGACUUUGAGGAGAGUAAAGGCAGGGGCUUCAGCAUCGUCUCAGACACACCUGAGCUGCAGAGACUGCGCAGAACUCAGGAACAAAUCAGUAAUGCAAAGUACCACGAGGACUUUGAACGGACACGGGGUCGAGGCCACGCACCGUCACAGGAGGAACUCCACCCAGGGUCAGACCGAAUGUACCGCAACAACCAGCAGAUGAAGGAGGCAGCGUAUAAGGGUGUCCAGCCACAGGUGGUGGAGAUGGACCGCAGACCUGGAGUCAUGGCAGCCUCUGUGUUUUCAGGAGCAUACCAUCCCAGUGCUCAGCAGCAAGGCUAUGGCUACAUGCACCAGACCAGUAUGCCUGCUUUGAGAACUGUUCAGUCCCCCCCACACUCAGCAACCAUGAGAGUGUACCGUGCCCUGUACGACUACGCUGCUCAGGACCACGACGAAGUGUCCUUCCGCGACGGUGAUGUCAUUAUCAACGCUCAGCCAAUAGAUGAGGGAUGGAUGUAUGGCACCGUGCAGCGGACGGGCAAAUCGGGAAUGCUGCCAGCCAACUAUGUGGAGUGUUUGAACUGAAAAAGUUUCAUUUAACCAAGUUUAGCGUUAGCGAGCUAGCGGCGACAGAGCUAGCUAAUACAGAAACUGACUGGAAUAAUAUGCUGUCCUUCUUUCUUUUUUCCCUGUCUAUUUUUAUUAAGCCAGCUGACUCGUUAACAGUAAAACAAACAAGCUGUAACUUGCAUCACAGCUUGUCGCUUAUUGUGAAACGUUCAUUCCGUUGAUGUACUUCACAUUGUAUUGUGACAUAUCGUUUGUCGGGGGUCAUACAAUAUUCGUCAAAUUAUUUUUUUUUAUCGUUGUUAUUUUAUUCCAUUGUUACAACAUACAUCCCAUUAUGAUGUAUGAUGUUGGGCAAUGUGACACACCCCUCUUGACAUUUUAAUGGCACAGCACAAUAUGAAGUACACAAUACAGUGUCAUGAAAGGACCCUCUAAUACUAACUGACAUCAACACUCAGCUUUGAUCUUGGUGUCUCCAGCCUCGUCUUUGAUCCCGUAGUGAAAGCACAGACUCGAGCUCUGGAGGGCAAGGCACCCAUUCACCCAUCUCCCGGUUCAUUCAUCUACAAGUAUUCACACUAGAUGAAAUGUCCUGUAUUCCAGUGGUAACCACUUUACACUUGAAAGACUAACCUUAGAGGCACUCCCUUCUGGUAAUGUGUAUAGUAACACUGGCUCAUCUGUGAUGCAGGCAAAGGAGGGGUUCAUCUCUCUUUGUGUCAGUCCACGCCGGUAGAAAUGGCUGAGAGGCCACACUAAAUCACCAUCUUCAGACUAUUAUUGAAACACUUGUCUAACACCAUAAGUGUAAACUGGAAUUCUUCAAAUGUUGUACUUUUGUUUGGACUUAAUCACUAGCAGUUUGUUUUUAGAUGAUUUAUAUUUAAGCACUGGUCAAAGUGGUUAACUUGUGAAAAAUCGAUGCUGUUCAAUGUCCUGUCCUCCAGGUUUAGAGUACUAUGUGUGGGAACUUUUAUUAUUCUUCUCUUUCCUUUUGUUUCAUGUUACCUUUUGCAUUUAGAAAUAAACACUGAUAAUUUUUUAUUUACUAAAAUUUAUGGAGAGAGGAACCAACUUUUCAGAGCAAGCUUUGUCAAAUGACAGAGACAGAGCAUUUGGCUUUUGCUGACUUAGUAACACAUUGCUUCUCAUUCUCUUUUUCUUUCCAUAAGACACAAUGCAUACACAGAAACAGUUUACCUCAGGUGACGGUGCGAGAGUUCACAGUGAGGUCACGAUGCUACACAGUGUACCCUGAAUGAGUCUCACCAGCUUCAGCCCAAGGUCUUAAAACUAACCUGUCGCAUGUGGAAGCACAUCUUUACACGUUAUGCCUCUUAAUAUUUUACACCGAGGCAUGGAAAACAGCUCCAGUUAAAAACAGUUAUGGCAAGUAUCACAGUGAAUUACGUAGCAUUAGUUCAAGCUUAGUGUCUACCCAGUGAGUUAUUUAUGCAUUACUGCAAAGAACCAGCUCUCCAAGCAUAAGUGCAUACUGUAGAUAUGAUGGAUGGCAUCUGGCUGUGACUGUCCUUUGUGUCCUAUAUCCCUUCACUCGUCCUUCAGUGGAGCUCUCUAGUCGAUCCCCAGAGGAGAUCCUAUACAAUCUACUGUAAUGACUAGUCUUCUUCUCCAGAGAGAUCUAGUUUUGUCCAUCAACCUUUUUGACUGGUCUU